AUGGACGCUAAAGAUGGCGUCAGAUUCAAACGGCUCCUGGAUAAAUGUCGCAGCUCAUUAGAGUCCUCUCAGCAGAGGAGCGAUGCAGCCAGAGGCAGCGGAGCGGAGGAGGCAGUGUGGCCGGAGAAGGCGCGGGGAGAGCGGGCACAGCCGAGCAGAGCCGCGGGGGAACCACCGGAGAGCGGAGAGCUCAGAGGAGGAGGUGACGAGGUUGAAAGAGGUCGUCGCCACCAAGCAACAUAAAGACAAGCAGGCAGGAGAGAGAGGAAGAAGAGCAGAGAGGGAAGGAGAGGAAGAUGAAGGAAGAAGGAGGAGCAGGAGGGCGGCGUCAGAAGGAGGUGAAGGAGGCGAGGAGUCAGGGAAGCUGAGGUGGAGAGUCCAUCAGCUGGAGAAGGAGCGACUGGAGCUGACGUCUGGACACAACCAGGAGCUGUGCCGGCUGCAGGCGGAGCUGACCCGGCUCAGGUCCUCGGUGGAGCGAGGCGAAGCUCAGCGGGUGGAGCUUCAGUACCAGCUGACUGUGAGCCAGAGAGACGCCGACCGAGUCCCCGAGCUCAGCAGGGACAAACAGGCUGUCACAGAGCGAGCAGCAGAGCUCCAGCAGACGGUGCAGGAGCUGCAGAGAGCUCUGGACAUCACCCGGCAGGCCAGGGACGAGGACCAGCAUGCUUUGCAGCAGGAGGUGGAGGAGCGCGACAGAUUCAUUCAGAGCUUCAGCUCCGAGAACCAACGGCUGCACCGACUGCUGCAGGAUCAGGAGGAGGCUCUGGAGGAGUCGGAGAGGAGGAUGGCGAAGGUGCAGAAGGAGUUAGAGAAGGAGGCCGAGGUGAACAGACGACAAGCCAACGAGCUGAAAUACCUGACAGAGAGGGAGGAGAGGAGCAGGAGGGAGAAGGAGGUGUCGGAUCAGAGGGUGAAGUCUCUGGAGUCGAGCGUGGAGGCGGAGCGAGCAGCUCACCUGGAGUCCAAGUUCAACUCUGAGAUCAUCCAGCUGCGUGUGCGGGACCUGGAGGCAGCGCUGGCGUUGGAGCGAUCCGGCCUGCAGGAGGCGCAGAGCGGCCUGGAGCUGCUGAGGAGUCAGUUCAGAGAGGUGGAGCGAGCGUACAGCCUGGAGAGGGAGCGGAGCAGCAGCACUGAGCGCGCUCUGCAGAGGCUGCAGAAGGAGUACAAUCAGUGCAAGUCUGACCUGAGCGUUGCCUUGGACACGGAGCGGACGAUGACCUCUGACCUCACAGCGAGGCUGGAGGAGGAGAAGAGACGACACACACACACACACACACUGCUGCAGCAGGCAGCUCAGAGACAGUCUGACACAGAGGACAGUGUGAGACACAUCAGAGAGACACUGCAACGACACACCAACACAGACAUGAGUCCUCCAGCAAAGGAUGAUGGGAGGCGUAGUCCCUCUGCUGAAGUCCUGCAGCUGCUGCAGACGACACUCGGCGCCUGCAGACACAGACAGGAAGCAGCUGACCGACAGGUCCAGGACCUGCUGCGUGCGUCAGAGCGUCUGCAGGAGGAGAAGCAGACGCUCUGUCAGCUGACCUCGGAUCAGAGCCGACAGCUGCAGGAGUCUCAGCAGGCGUCCAGCACACUGGAACAGGAAGUGAGGCGUCUGCGCCAGGAGAGCUCUGAUUGGUUGACGCAGAGCAGAGCGUUGCAGGCCGAGCUGGAGAAACAGAGGGAGGAGAGGGAGCAGGAGAAGGAGGAGAGGGUGGCAGAGGUCCAGAAGAUAACUGGUCACUAUGAGACUGAGUCAAAGCGCCUGCUGGCCGGCUGCGUCCUCCUCGAUCAGCCCCAGUGCCUCCUGGGUGAUUUCACCUGGAAGGAGCUGUGUGAUGUCAUCAACGAACAGGUCGACCAGCUGACCUCUGACCUCCGGGGGGCCAACGCCAAGAUCACCCACCUGCAGAGUGUGUGUGAGAAGAAGAGUGUGUGUGUGCGGGAGCUGCAGCGCAGUCAGGAGUGUGUGUUGUCUCGUCUGGAGGAGAGCGUGAGGAGGAGAGAGGAGGCGUGGAGCAGCCAGCACACACACACUGUGACACAGCUGCAGAACGAGCUGCAGCUGUGUCGCUCUCAGUGUGACUCUCUUCGCGAUCAUGCCGCCUCCCUGGAACUCCACAGCUCCUCGCUGACCUCUGACCUCUCCCGGCUCCGCAGCCUCCUCUCUCGCAGCCGCAGGGAGUCGGCCUGCUUCCUGUCGGCCUGCGCCCUGCUGGCUGGGACGCUGACACACACUCACCGCCGCCUGCAGACGCUGUGCAGACAGAAAACACUCCUGUGCAGACGGCUGGCAGAGAGAGAGGUGCUGGAGGAGGAGGUGAGGAGGCUGGCCGGAGCUCUGGGAGAUGAGGAGGAUGAAGAGGAGGAGGAGGAGGGAAGGAGGAGGAGGGCAGUGAGGCGGUGGAGGAAGAGUGUGUGUGUGGUGUUGGCGGUGAGGAGGUGGUGUGCGCUGGGCAAACAGACUACAGUGUUGUUUCGGCUGGAGAGAGGAGGAGGAGGAGGAGGAGGAGGAGGAGGAGGAGGUCCGGCUGUGUGUGUCUGUGGAGAGUCUACGGCAACACAGAAGAGUCAAGAUACACCGAGUACAGAUAAAGGUGCAGAUGAUGGUGAUGAAGGUCGUGACGGUGUGUGCGCUCGCUGGCUUCGCUCUAAAAGUCUCUCCUCCAUCAUUCUGUCGUCCAUGGCCGACCUGCAGGGGGUGCUCACACACACUGGCUCCGCCCCUCUAGACGUGAUGUCAGCAGCUCGCUCUGCUUUGUCCCGCCUCCUGGAUCACCUUCUCGACCAAUCAGAGGCGGCGUCCAGUGUGUCCCCCUGCAGAGUGGACGAGGACACGCUGAGCAGCUGGCUGAGACUCGGCCUGAGCAGACUGAUGCCUCUGCAGCGCGACAUGAAGGCCCUGGUGUCGACCCUCCAGCAGCACUUCCUGCUCUUCAGCCAACGGCUGCACUCGGCCGAGGUGGAGAGGCGGAGCCUGAGGCUGGAGGUGGCCAAUCUGAAGAGAGGACUGCGGCAGGAGAGAGAGGAGACAGUCCCAGCACAGCGGUUCCACAGUGCGUGUGCGGAGCUCCGUCAGGCGCUGAACAGGGAACAGGAAGCCCAGACGCUCAUCCAGGAACAGACCAGCCAGCUGCACACGCUGCAGCUCCGAGUCAACACACACACCGCCGAGCAGACCAACACACACCACACACUGAAGCAGACCGCACAGUCUCUGUCGGAGGCUCGGCAGGAGGUGAGCAGGAAGGAGCGCUCGCUGAGGAUUCUGGGAAAGCACCUGUCGGGGGUUCAGAGGGAGAGGAAGCAGCUGGAGGAGAGACUGCAGCGAGCAGAGGGCGAGCUGAGGGACACCGCCAGACGUCAGGAUUUUCUGAUCAGCAACAUGAAGGCUGCAGAGACCAGCUACAAGGAGGUCAGAGAAAGUCUCGUCCAAUCACGUCGCUCGCUGUCAGCUCAGCCCCGCCCCCUGCUGUUACCCAGGGAACACCUGGAGCUGAGUGGAGCAGAGAGCAUCAUGGGAGCUCCUGAGGUGGCAGCGUGUCAGGUGGCUGAUAUUCCUGAAUCCUAUCUGUCAGCUGACGUUGAAACUCCUCAACCUGUUCCCCCCUCUGAUCUGUCGAAGCAGCCAUCAGUCAGUUUAAGCACCGCCCCCUCCAAGACAGACCCCGCCCCCUCAGCGCCUCUCUGCAGACCCCUCAAAGGUCCCAGGACGAAGGAGAAGAAAGGCGUGAAGAAGAACAGAGGAGGGAGGAGACAGACUGAAGGACCUGGGAUGUGA